ACAUUAUGAUCUGGAAAUGUUUUUUUGUCAGCAGAAACGAGGUAACUGGUCAGAGUUUCUGAGAAGAUUGGGAACCUGAAUGACAUCACCGCCUAACAACCCAUCACCCUCAACCUGUGAUGACAUCAGCAGCCGGCUGAUGACCACAGCAGCUUCUUCUGCAGACAGAGAGGAUCCUCGUCAAGGCAGCUAACAUCUCUGCAAACCCCACACAUACUGGACACAAACCUUUACCUUCAGCAUGGCACUAUGGAGCACUAUUUGCAGAAAUCAGAUGCCACAAGGUCUUCUUUCUUUCCUGCCCUCCAACAGUCUUGUCUAUUGCCUCCCUGCCCCUUUUGUGUCUCUACCUUGGCCAGAAGUUUUGUUUUGUCCUCGUUGUCCUCCCCAAGCAGAAUCUGACCAUCUUCCACAGCAACCCAACAAGACUGGGCUUUUUCAACAUGCCAAACUUCAGAAAAAGGGUCUGCUUAUCUGUAGUUAUCCAAAACAUUCUGGUUCUGUUGACAAGUGACCAGAAGAGGGCGCCAUUGUGCCAACUUGAACCCAGCAGCAUCCGGGGGUGAUUUGGAUGCGAGUUGCAGGCGGAACGCUGCGUGCCGCAACAAGAAGCAGAGAUGCGAUUGACAGAAGAGUGCAGAUCGCCCUGCACGUUGACGGGAACAAUAAGACAAACCAACACGAAGAGCCGAAAACGACUUUUAGGAAAAUAAGCCAAGAUGAUUGGCGGGUUUCCCCUGUCAUGCAAAAGUGAAAGCGGUCCAACAUGGCCGUUAUUCUUUCUGCUCCAUUUCUGUCUUAUUGCUCAUGAGCCACUGUGUUUCAAACCUUGUAGUGAAAAGCUGAAUUAGAAACCAAAACGCGUUUCCAGUGGCUCACGUGCACGACUGGAAACAUGGAGGUAUAAGCCCCCCCACUGGCAGAAGAAACCCCCCGCAUGUAAAGUGUGCGCUCCAAAUGGAAAGCGCAGCCUCCCCUCCUUUGUGCGUAAACGAUGCGGGGCCAGGAAGGGAACACUUUGCUACCUUUAUCUGAGAAAACCCGGCCGGUGAAUGCUCAGUAGGGGAGGGGAGAAGGAGAAAACCUGAAGAAGAAGAAGGAAAAAACACGCCAGCAUCAAGUGAGGUUUUCCACAGCAGUGGUCUGCCGAGGAGGAGCGCAGCGUCACCACCUGGUUAUAAUCCGAGGCCGAGGAAGAGGAGAGGGAAAAGAUGGACAUCACCGACCAAGGAGCCCAAAUGGAGCCGCUCUUACCCACGGAACAAAGUUCUCAAGAAAGUAAAGAUGUGAGGACUGAUGAGGAGGCGGUGUUGGACCGCGGGGGAACACGUUCGAUGCUCAACACCAAUUUUGAGAAGGAAGAACUUGAAGGUCACCGCACUCUCUACAUCGGAGUCCACGUCCCCUUGGGUCGGAGGUCACACCGUCGACACCGUCACCAUGGACACAGACACAGGAAGAGGUCCAAGGAGAGGGACUCCACAGGGGAAGACGGUCGAGAAUCACCCUCAUAUAACACUCCAGCUCAGAGGGUGCAGUUUCUUCUGGGAACAGAGGACGGCGACGAAGAGCACAUCCCACACGCCCUGUUCACUGAGAUGGACGAAAUCUGCCUCAGGGAGGGCGAGGACGCCGAAUGGAAAGAGACGGCUAGGUGGCUGAAGUUUGAAGAGGAUGUUGAAGACGGCGGCGAACGGUGGAGUAAGCCCUACGUGGCGACCCUGUCUCUGCACAGCCUGUUUGAGCUGCGGAGCUGCAUCAUGAACGGCAUCGUGAUGCUGGACAUGCGGGCCAACUCCCUGGAGGAGAUCGCAGAUAUGGUUUUGGAUCAGCACGAGGGGUCCGGCUCUCUGGGUCCGGAUGCCCGGAAGAGGAUCCGCGAGGCCCUGCUCAAGCAGCACCAUCACCAAAACCACAAGAAGCUGGCCAACCGCAUCCCCAUUGUACGCUCCUUCGCUGACAUUGGCAAGAAGCAGUCUGAGCCUCAUUCCAUGGACAAGAAUGGCCAAACGGUCUCACCGCAGUCCCAGCCGUCCAACGAGGCCAAACAGGACGUCAGCCGAGAAAACAGCGCCGUGGACUUCAGUAAGAUUGACCUCCAUUUCAUGAAGAAGAUCCCUCCUGGAGCGGAGGCCUCCAAUGUGCUGGUUGGGGAGCUGGAGUUCCUGGACCGCCCUGUGGUGGCUUUGGUCCGCUUGUCUCCUGCUGUGCUGCUCAACGGCCUCACCGAAGUUCCCAUCACCACCAGGUUCUUGUUCAUCCUGCUGGGGCCUCUGGGUAAAGGUCCCCAGUACCAUGAAAUUGGGCGAUCUAUUGCUACACUGAUGACUGAUGAGAUUUUCCAUGAUGUCGCCUAUAAGGCCAAGGACAGGAGUGACCUGGUGGCAGGCAUUGACGAGUUUUUGGAUCAGGUGACUGUGUUGCCCCCCGGCGAGUGGGACCCCUCCAUCAGAAUAGAGCCGCCGAAGAAUGUUCCCUCUCAGGAAAAGCGAAAGAUCCCCCCCGUUCCCAACGGAGUGACGGAUCUUGGAGAGUCUGAGGAGCAUGGAGGACAUGGUGGCCCUGAGCUCCAGCGCACGGGGAGGAUAUUUGGUGGGAUGAUCUUGGACAUCAAGCGAAAAGCCCCUCACUACCUUUCAGACUACACAGACGCCAUCAGCCUGCAGUGUCUGGCCUCCUUCCUCUUCCUGUACUGCGCCUGCAUGUCACCUGUUAUUACCUUCGGAGGACUCCUGGGCGAGGCCACAGAGGGCCGCGUGAGUGCCAUUGAGUCUCUGUUUGGGGCGUCAAUGACUGGGAUAGCCUACUCUCUGUUUGCCGGUCAGCCCCUCACCAUCCUGGGCAGCACUGGGCCUGUUCUCGUCUUUGAGAAAAUCCUCUUCAAGUUUUGCAAGGAAUAUGGCCUCUCCUACCUCUCCCUGAGGACCUGCAUUGGGCUGUGGACGGCCUUCUUCUGCCUGCUGCUGGUGGCCACAGAUGCCAGCUCGCUUGUCUGUUACAUCACGCGCUUCACCGAAGAGGCUUUCGCCGCACUAAUCUGCAUCAUCUUCAUCUACGAGGCCCUGGAGAAGCUGAUUCACCUGGGGGUGCACUAUCCCAUCAACAAACACAACGACCUGCAGAAGCUCACCCAGUACUGGUGUAGCUGUGUUGAGCCCAGGGACCCGAGCAAUGAGACCCUGCGAUUUUGGGAUGAGAGGAACAUCACAGUCUCCCAGGUCAACUGGACCUCACUGGAGGUCAAGGAGUGUGAGAUGCUACAUGGGGAGUUUCAGGGGCCCGCCUGUGGCCACCAUGGCCCGUACAUCCCAGACGUCCUCUUCUGGUGCGUGGUGCUCUUCUUCACCACAGUCUUUAUGUCGGCCUUCCUAAAGGAGUUCAAGUUCAGCCGCUACUUCCCUACCAAGGUGAGGGCUGUCAUCAGCGACUUUGCAGUCUUUAUCACUAUCCUCACUAUGGUCCUUGUUGAUUAUGCCAUAGGAAUCCCAUCGCCUAAAUUACAAGUCCCCAACAAGUUCAAACCAACGAGAGACGAUCGGGGCUGGAUUAUAAACCCGGUAGGACCCAACCCGUGGUGGACCACCAUCGUCACCUUUAUUCCCGCUCUGCUCUGCACCAUCCUCAUCUUCAUGGACCAGCAGAUCACAGCAGUUAUUAUCAACAGGAAGGAGCACAAGCUGAAGAAAGGCUGCGGCUACCACCUGGACCUGUUCGUGGUGGGGGUGAUGCUGGGCGUUUGCUCGGUGAUGGGCCUGCCGUGGUUCGUGGCGGCCACCGUGCUCUCCAUCUCCCACGUGAACAGCCUGAAGCUGGAGUCGGAGUGCUCGGCUCCUGGAGAGCAGCCCAAGUUCCUGGGCAUCCGCGAGCAGCGCUUCACCGGCCUCAUGAUCUUCACCCUCAUGGGCUGCUCCGUCUUCAUGACCUCCAUGCUAAAAUUCAUCCCUAUGCCGGUCCUCUACGGCGUCUUUCUCUACAUGGGAGCAUCUUCCCUCAGAGGCAUUCAGUUCUUCGAUCGCUUGAAGCUGUUCGGCAUGCCAGCCAAACAUCAGCCCGACUUCAUCUACCUUCGACAUGUGCCGCUGAGGAAGGUCCACCUCUUCACCAUCAUCCAGCUCAGCUGCUUAGUCCUGCUGUGGGUCAUCAAGACCUCCAGGGCGGCCAUUGUUUUCCCCAUGAUGGUCUUGGCGCUGGUGUUUAUUCGUAAGUUGCUGGAUUUUAUCUUCACCAAGAGAGAACUGAGCUGGCUGGAUGAUCUGAUGCCGGAGUGGAAGAAGAAGAAGCUGGAGGACGCAGCACAAGAGGAGGAACACAGUAUUAUCGCAGAGGAGGAAGGGAUCGUUCAAGUCCCACUAGAGGGGCACUACAGGGGUGACCCAGCCACGGUGAACAUCACCGACGAAAUGUCUAAAGGAUCUUUUGGGAACAUGUGGAAGGGCGUCAGUCCUGCCGAGAGCACAAAAAAGGAACUGGGAUCGAAAAGCUCCCCUUCCUAACCUCUCAGAAGCUGAUACCCCGAAGUUGCGCCAGAAGCGGUGAAAAGCGACACAAGCGGAGGAGGCAUAACAAGAGCCUGGACAGGGAGACGAGUUUGUGAGGACACAUGUUGGUGACGCCACUGUGCCGUCAAUCAGUAAAUACAAAUAAAAGAAAAAUAGAGAGAGAAAAAAAAACAAAGCAAAUAUACCGUGCCACACUCAACCACCUAUGUACUGUGCUACACUGUGUUUUUAGUCAUGUAAGUCUGUGUGCAAGUUCAGAAGAAAGAAGUAUUUGUUGGAAACCAUAAGCAACAUAAGAAAACUCACUGAGUUAGACACCAAGUUAGGCAAACAAGGAAGAACCAACUCUGGACUUAAUUUGAUCCGCAUUCAGACCAGUAACGGGUAUAGGAAUGAUCAAUCAGUGAAAGGCUAGCAUGUUGCAGAGAGUGUAUAUGACAAUAUCUGUUGAAACUAAGCUGUCAAGCACUUUAACAGUCUAUCAUCUGCUGAAGGAGCCUUUGGUAUCUGUAAGACAUUGCUCCACUAUUGGUUGCUCUUCUUAUUCCCCUCAGUAGCUGCCGUUUUGUCACAAACGUGUGCAAAACUUUACCAACAUUCCGCUAAUGUGAAAAAUGUUGCCAUUGUGGCGUUUCCAUUGUAUCUUUCGGCAUUCCCGAAAGAUACAUAUAUUGCUGCAUUGGCUUUGAAUGAUGCCCAGAAGAAAUCUUUUGUAUUUGUAGGGAAAUUGCAAACAAUCUGGACACUUUAGCAGUGAUUCCAAACUGGGAAUGAUAUCGAAUCAAAACAUAGGCAUUGCUUGAAAAUCAAUAGGAUUUGCUACGUUAGAUGUCAAAUGAUCCGAAUAAAUAGAUAGAAAUAGAAACUAACUACUGUGUAUUUUUCUGCAUUUUGUACUUUCAACCUCCAAAUGAGGCUGUCCAGCACUGUUUGUGUGAAAUAUUUUGUCACAAAUGCAAACACCCCCCCGACUUUUUCUACCACAACUUUCACCAAGUUUUAUACGGAACGGAUUUUGAUCCCGCUCAGAAUUCCAACUUUUAGGAACCUUUGAUACAGUUUUCCAGUUAAAACGUUUCAAAACCAAAGUACGUCAUCAAACUGCAACCACUGGAUAAAGAUUUUUUUUUCUUUUUAAGGUCCUUUUGUGAUAAUCUGUUAAAAUUGCUGACAUGGUUCUAGUUAUAAAACGUUUAAAACCUCUGUUCUACCAUUUUAAUCCUUCUUAGUCUGCAUGCGGAUCAAAUUACAUCCAAAUCGGACCGUUCCCGUCUUGGUGCCUAACUUGGUGCGGACCAUUAAGUGUAAUGGUGAUACAGAACCAGCAACAGAGUGAAGCCAGAAUUAUGACUCCAACAAUAUCUUAGUCCAUAGGCCAAUUCCUGACAGAUUACAAAUGAUUUUUAACAUUUUCUUUCUUUGUAUUUUGUAUGUUUUUUUAUAUUUUUUCCAAAAAAAUAAAAUAAAAACAACUGCAAGUUGUCUCUUUAAAACACCUGCCACAGCAAGUGCAAUGGAUUUCAUGUGGAGCAAUGAAUGCUGCAGCAGUAUUUCGCACCUUAGAAUAGCAUGGUAAUAGAAUGGUCUCCUCCAACUCACACCAACCUAAGAGCGCUGGCUAUGUAACUUUCUGAAAGUCAACAUUUUCUAUAUACUACAAUGUAAAUCUAAAUGUCUACGUGUCAGUGGCUGUGUUCACCUUUGAUGUUGCACAUAUAAAUGUUUCUCCUUCAGUCGAGUUUUUCCUCGGUUUACUUCCUGAGAAAUGUCCAUUUUAGCCUUCUUACUAAGAAUGAACUGAGAAGAUUGAUUCCUCUGAUUGGUCAAUUCCCCCUUCACCAAUUCAUACCUGCACAUUUUGUAGCCAUGAAAGACAAGGUAAUUUUUUUGUCAAAUUAUAGAAAUUAACAAUUCAAUAAAUGCUCAAUCUUAUGUAGAUCUUAAUUUAUCAAUUUAAAAAUCUUUUUUUUUUAUGGUACCCUAUUUUUGUUUCUUUAGUUGACUUCCUAAAAACCUGAUAACUCGAAAUAACCUUGUGCUGACAGGCUUAAGACCAUAUAUUUUCUCAUAGGUAGCAGACUGUAAAUCACAGAUACUGUCUUUAAAUUGUCAAAGUUGAUGUGGUCUGAGAAAUUUCUCAGUUCUACGUGAGAAACGACAAAAACGACAAACUGAAAUGGAGAAAAGUGAACACAAAACUAAGGUUCGCAACAGGUUUCUAAUGAUGGCUCAGUUUAAGAGGAGCUAAUAUGUCCAAAAAGUAUGAAUUGACAAAGGUAAAAAAAUGACCUGCCCCCCUCUAACGUCAUUGCAAAAACCUGAAGCUAAAGUUACUGGGAGGUUGACUUGGUUGACAAAGACUGAAAAUGUGGAAACUGUUUAUCUGGUCUGACUCAAGUGUAGCACCUAAUGCUGAUAUGUACUUUAUAUCAUUUCUGAUUUAUCCCACAAAUUUUAGACUUCAACAAAACGAGCAUCAAAAUCAAUUCACUGACGAAAUGUAAGAACCAUAUCAGUUUUUCAAAUUACUCUUCCAAAUCAAGAAAGUCAAAGUUCUCGUUUCCCUGCUGCUGUCGGCGCAAAACAUUUCCACUUCAUAUCGGAAAAAGCUGGGGAAUAAAUAUUCAAAACUACAACACGGCAGAAUUAACAUGAAGCUAAAGCCAGUGGCGAGUUGACUAGGCAGGCGAGGCUAAUCGCAAAGAUUGUAAAUGACCGCGAUAAAUCAAAGAAGCACUUUAUGCCUUGUUUGACUCCAGAAACGUCACACAAUGUACUGUGUGCAAAACUGGUAUUAAAUUGGUCCUUGCAAGUAUUUGCAUACAUUUAUUCAAUAUAUACAAGAGUCUGUGUGAAUGGUUUCAUGGAAAACUUUUCCUACCCCCACCCCAAAAAAAAUCAGGUGUGAAAUGUUUAAAACUAUUAGCGACAAAAUGGUGAGCAGGUGCUGGCAAUUGCCUCACGUCAUUAAACACAAAGCUAAAGUUACACGUUUUGCAUGGUGAAACGCAAAAAUUGUAAAUAGUGAAACCCUUUUGUCUUUUCUCGAAAGUAGCUGCAGUGCUACGAAAAAGUAUUGGACCAUUACAGAUGUAGUCUCUUUUUUUUUAAAAGUUUUUUGUCAAUCUCUAAUGUCAAAUUUUAAUAAUUUCAUUUAAUAGGCAAAAAAGUUAUCCAAAUUUUCAAAAUUUUGAUUUACCGCAGUUUUUCUGGAAACACCCACAAGGAUAGAUGAUGCAAAAUGUGAUAAAAAGUAUAAAUAGAAGAGAUGUGAACGUGGAAAACUACUUUUUCAUAGCACUGUCAAAGGCCUAAAGCUGACAAGCACUUUACGUCUUCGUUGUUUCAUUUUAAAAAGCUCAUACAAUGUAAUUUGUAAAAAAAAAAAGGAACAAAAAAUCUUAAUCUCCUUGCUCGCAUUAGCAUUUCAUUUUAUGAAGAAAUACCAGAGCCAUAUCAGUCUUUUCAAUUUACUCUUCCAAAGUAAGAAAGUGAAUGAGCUUAUUUCCCAGUUAUUUCUUUUUAGUGCACUUUUGUUUUUUCUGGGACAGCUUAAAUAAAAAUGAUAUUUUCAAGCUUGCAUGGCAGCGUAGUUCGGUAACAUGUAACUUUAGCGAACAUUAGCUAUCUUUUUGCUUAAGAAUAUCAGAGAGAAACUUUAAUGCUUAACUUUUGGGCAAUUGUACAAACAGCUCAGUGUUUUCCAGCAUACUCUUCAUCAUCUUGUCAGUCAGUGUCAUCUAUGAACAUGUGAUCUCCUCGGAAACUGACUUUGUGUGUAUUAGCAUCCAAAGCUCAUUGUUUUUAAAAGGAAAAAUAAUUAAGAAAUCCUGCAUGAUGGUGAAAUUAUAUCACUGCAGGAUCAUGGGUUCCUCUAGAGAUGCAAUAAUCCUGUUCUUUUCUUCUGGUAAGGGCAAAAUGUAAAUGGUAAAGAGUCUUAACACUGUAUAAUAUAUAGAAUAUUUUAUGUGUAAAAUGUUACUAAUAUAUUACUAAUAAGAAAUGUGUCGAAUUCAGAUUUUUGUUUAUCUUUCCUCUACCCCCCCAAUGUCCAACCGAUGGUUCUUAGCUGAUUAGAGAAACCAAUGGUGGGUCAAAAUGAAAUCAAAAUCAGAUAUUUUGACCACUUCUGUGUGGAAUUCUGCCUUAAAUUUGGUAUUAUUAGACGGGCACUUUUUGUUUUAGUGACUUAAGUCACCUUUAUGGAGAACUAUAAGUUCAGAUCUGUUGUGCAGUUGUAAUUAGUUUCAUGAGAAUGAGAGAGUGUGUGCAAGACAACAUAAAUAAAGAUAUAAAACAGCUGAAA